CAGAACUACUUGCACGGUUGAGCUGAACUACCAUCAUAUUUUUAUCCGCCAGUCCGCCACAACUUUCCAUUUCUCCAAUCAUGUCAUAGCAAUUUGAUUGGUUGUUCAAACCAAGAUUGAUGCUUCCAAGAACGCUCUAGCGGGCUGAGGGCCUGACCUGUGCACUGGGGAUGUCCUCCGGAGACGAGGAAGAACCAUCGGUCGAGCCUCAGGACGAGGACGACCGCGACGAGGACUAUGUAGCAAACGACGGCGAUGAUGGCGGGGAUGAUGACGACGAGGAGGAUGAGGCGGCGUCAGAGGACGCGCCGCCGGCCCGGCGCCGCGGCGGGGGCCGAGCCGCAGCCGCCAGCGCCGCGGCCAGCAAACGGACCCGGCGCGCCACGCGGAGCACAAAAUCGUACAAGGACGAUUCGGAGGAGGAGGAGGACUUUGAGGCGGACGACGACGAGGAGGAAGAGGAGGAGGACGACGACGACGACGAUGACGGCGGCGGCGGCGAUGGCGACGAAGACGAGGAGGAGGACUAUGCGCCGCGCGCGCGGCGGGGCCGGGCGGCGGCGCCCGCGCGGCCCAAGCGGCAGGCGGCGCAGCAGGCCAAGGCGCGGCUCACGCGGCGGGACACCACGGAGGACGACGACGAGGAGGUGGCGCGGGCCAUUGAUCGCGAGAUCAACGGCCUGCGGGCGCGGCCUCGGAGGCAGGCCCCGGCGGCGACCAUUCCGUUUGAGGACCGUGUGGUCAGCCCUCGCGGCGGCGGCGGGAGUGGCGGCAGCCGCCGCGCCGGCGGAAACUCCCGGGCUAGCUCGGCGCCGCCGAGCGGCCGCUCUGGCGCCGCCGCCGCCAGCGGCGGCGGCCGCCGCCGCGCCGCGCCAGCGCGCACCAGCCAGCGCUCGGUGGCCAAGGUAUCGUAUGCGGAGAGCGAUGACGACAGCGAUGAGGGCGGCGGCGGCGGGGGUGGCGGCGGCGGCGGCGGGCGCGGGCGCGGCGGCGCGGGCGCGGGUCGCAUGAAGGAGGCUCUGUCAGCGUUUGAGGACCCGGAUGAGGACGAGGUGGAGGACGAGGUGGACAAGGUGCUGGCACACAGGGACUCGGACAGCCUGCCGCAGGCGCCGGCCAACGACGCCUGGUCGGGCCGCGAGUUCCUGGUCAAGUGGAAGCGCUACAGCUACAUCCACUGCUCCUGGAACAGCCGGGCGGCGCUGGAGCACCUGCGCGGAUUCAAGCGCGUGCUCAACUACGUCAAGAAGGUUGACGACGUGGAGGCGGGCCGGCGCUACUUCAGCCGCGAGGAGCAGGAGAUGCAGGACGUGGAGCGCGAGAUGGAGGCGCAGCUCAACCAGCAGCACAUGAUGGUGGAGCGAGUGAUGGCGGAGAAGGAGGCGACCGUGUUCACCGCCACCAUCACAGCCGCCGACACGACCGGCGGCGGCGGCGGCCAGCAGCAGCAGCCGGGGCAGGCGGGCGCGGGCGCCGGCGGCGGCGAGGGCGGCGAGGGCGGCGAGCGUGCCGGCGGCGUGGGCGCGGGGCUGGGCCCCGAUGGGCGCGAGCUGGUGGGGCCGCCGGGCGAGCGGCGGCGGGAGCUGGAGGAGGCGGAGGCGGAGGCGGUUGUGGUGACCAAAUACCUGGUCAAGUGGGAGGGGCUGCCCUACGCCGAGUGCACCUGGGAGACCGCGGAGGACAUCAUCCGGGCAGGCGGCUCGGCCCAGAUCGACAGCUACCUCCAGCGCGAGCAGCGGCUGCUGGAGCCGGGCCGCGGCGUGGAGGCGGCGCGCAAGCAGUUCCGCAUCAAGGGCACGCGCGCGCUGGAGCGGCAGCCCAGCUACCUCAAUGGCGGCACGCUGCGCGACUACCAGAUGGAGUCGCUGAACUGGAUGAUCUACAGCUGGAGCGAGAACCGCAACAUCAUCCUGGCUGACGAGAUGGGGCUGGGCAAGACCGUGCAGUGCGUCAGCUUCAUCGGCACCCUGUCGGAGGAGCUGCAGAUCCGCGGCCCCUUCCUGGUGGUGGUGCCGCUGUCCACCGUGCCCAACUGGAUCCGGGAGUUCAGGCGCUGGGUGCCCUUCGUCAACGCCGUGGUGUACGUGGGAGACUCGCGCUCGCGGGAGGUCCUGCGCGCCUACGAGUGCGACCCCAGCCCGCACCACAAGGCGGCGCGGCCCUACAAGUUCGAGGUGCUGCUCACCACAUACGAGCUCAUCCUCAAGGACGCGCCGAUCCUGUCGCGCAUCAAGUGGGCCUACCUGCUGGUGGAUGAGGCGCACCGGCUCAAGAACGCCGAGUCGGCCCUGUACCAGGAGCUGAUGGAGUGGCACUUCGGCAACAAGCUGCUGAUCACGGGCACGCCGCUGCAAAACAGCCUCAAGGAGCUGUGGGCGCUACUGCACUUCCUGGAGCCCAGCCGCUUCCCCACAGCAGAGGCCUUCGAGGCAGAGUACUCCCUGGAGACGGCCGACAGCGUGUCCGGCCUACACGGCGUGCUGCGCCCGCACCUGCUGCGGCGCGUGAUCAAGGACGUGGAGAAGAGCCUGCCGCCCAAGAACGAGCGCAUCCUGCGAGUGGACAUGACGCCGCUGCAGAAGCAGUACUACAAGUGGAUCCUCACACGCAACUUCAAGGAGCUCAACAAGAGCUCUCGCGGCGGUGGUCACGUGUCGCUGUUGAACAUCAUCGGCGAGCUGAAGAAGUGCUGCAACCACCCCUUCUUGUUCGAGAGCGCCGAGGACAACUACCGCGGCUCGGAGGAGGACAAGAGCGCGGUGGACCGGCUGAUCGUGCCCAGCGGCAAGAUGGUGCUGCUGGACAAGCUGCUGCGGCGGCUCAAGGCCACGGGGCACCGCGUGCUCAUCUUCAGCCAGAUGGUGCGCGUGCUGGACAUCAUCUCAGACUACAUGCGGCUGAGGGGCUUCCCGCACCAGCGGCUGGACGGCUCCACGCCCGCCGCCGCCCGCCACGCCGCCAUGGAGCACUUCAACCGCCCCGACUCCCCUGACUUCGCCUUCCUGCUGUCCACCCGCGCCGGCGGCCUGGGCAUCAACCUGGCCACCGCCGACACAGUCAUCAUCUUUGACAGCGACUGGAACCCGCAGAACGACCUGCAGGCCAUGAGCCGAGCGCACCGCAUCGGCCAGACCGAGACCGUCAACAUUUACCGCUUUGUGACGAGCGGCAGUGUGGAGGAAGACAUCCUGGAGCGCGCCAAGCGCAAGAUGGUGCUGGACCACCUGGUUAUCCAGCGCAUGGACACCAGCGGCCGCACCAUCCUGGACCCCUCCGCGGGCAAGGCGGGCGCCAGCGCCAAGCAGCUGUUCGGCAAGGACGAGCUGGCGGCCAUCCUGAGGUUCGGGGCCGAGGACCUGUUCAAGCAGGCGCCGCCAGAGGACGAGACCGCCAGUGCAGAGCGCGCCCGCACGGCGCUGUACGAGGACGACCUGGAUGCCAUCCUGGAGCGGGCCGAGGUGGUUGACACACGACAGCUGGCGGCGGCGGACGAGAACGCCGCCGCCGCCGCCGAGCUGCUGUCGGCCUUCAACGUGGCCACCUUCAAGAACGAGUUCGGCGAGGACGACGCGGCCUUCUGGAACAAGCUCAUCCCGCCCAGCGAGCGGCCCAAGGAGGAGGAGGAGGAGCUGCAGCCGCGCGCCGCCCGCCGCACGCAGGACCAGGGCGGCGCCGCCGACUCGGACGAGGAAGGCGACGGCGCCGCCGCCGGCAACGGCGCCGCGGCGGGUGGGCGCAAGGGCGGGCGCGGCGCCCGCGGCCGGGCGGCGGCGGGCGGCACGGCGCGCGCCCGCACGGGGUCUGGUGCUGGCGGCGGCGAGCCGGGCCCGCCUGUGGACGGCGCGGCGCUGCGGGUGGAUGAGUGGAUUGUGGAGGUGGACGAUGAGGGCAUUCCGCUCAUCAAGGAGGACGGCUCGGAGCCGGACGCGCGCAGCCUCAGCCGCCGCGACGCCGCCGCCUUCGUGCGCGCGGUGCGGCGCUACGGGCGGCCGGAGCGGCUCGCUGACGUGGCGGCGGAGGUGGGUCGCAGCCUUGAGGAGGCGGGGCCGGGGCCGCGGCUGAGCCUGUGGUACAGCCUGAUGGACGGCUGCCGGCUGGCGGUGCAGAAGACCACGGAGGAGCAGAGCGAGGACGCCAAGGACGCCAUCCUGGACUUCUUCGGCGUCAGCGUCAAGGCGGCGGAGCUGCUGGCGGCCUGCUCGCACCUGCGCCUGCUGGCGCGCAAGGUGGCGGCGGCGCGCGACCCGGCGGUGCAGCACUUCCGCCUGGACGCCACCAGCCAGCUGUCAGUGCCCAAGUGGGGCAAGCCCAUCAACUGGACGGCUCGCGAUGACGCGCUGCUGCUGCUGGGUGUGCACCUGCACGGGCUGGGCCACUGGGACAAGGUGGCCGCGGACGACAGCCUCAAGCCCUUCCUGGGAGACAAGCUGGCGGGCGCGGGCGGAGGAGGAGGGGGAGGAGGGGGCGCGGCGGGGGCCGCAGGCGCGGCGGGGGCAGCAGGCGGCGGCGCGGGCGGCGCGGGCGGCAAGGAGGAGGGCGGCGCGGGUCUGCCUAAAGCCUCGCACCUGGAGACACGCGCGCUGGGGCUGCUGCGAAAGCUUCACGCCACACACAAGGCGGCCACAGCGGUGGCGCCCGUGAAGCGCGGCUCCGGCCGCAACAGCAACAACGCCAACAACAGCCAUAAGGCCAAGCAGCAACUAGACAAGGAGCACCGGCUAGCAGCAGCCGCAGCGGCGGAUGCAGCGGCGGGGCCGUCUGGGGCGGCGCGGGAACGGGAGCAGUCGGUCGCGACGCGCGAUGUUGGCCACACGAACGGCGGGCCGGCCGCCGGCAAGCGGAAAGCUGGGGCAGCGGCGGCGGCAUAUGCGGACGACGGCCAGGGGCAGUCUGAAAAGCGUGCACGCAUGGACUCCAAAUCAGGAGACGCCAGCCCUUCCCACGCCGCCGCCGCCGGCGGGCCCGCCGCCGGGCGCGAGGAGCUGCGGGCGCUGCUGGAGCCGGCGCUGCCGGACAUCAAGCGCAUGCGCAAGCUGCAGGACGGCAGCAUCACCGACAAGGCGCUGGUGGUGCGGAGCACCAAGGAGCUGCUCACGGCCAUCGGCGGCCACAUCCAGCGCGUGGCGGCGACGCGGGGGCCCAAGGUGGGCAAGAAGCUGUGGGACCUGGCUGCCAAGACCAUUGGGAACGGCAAGACCGGCGAGGAGCUCCACGCGCUCCACACGCGGCUGGCGCAGCAGGUGGUGCCGCCGGCGGCCGGCGGCUCGGCGGCCGGCACCAAGGGCGGCAAGGCUGCUGCUGCACCGAAGGGCAAGCAGGCGCAGCAGCACAGUCCGGAGCAGGAGCAGGACAGGAGCAGGCACACGGAGAAGAGCAAAUCGCAGAGCCACGGGAACGCUGGCAACCAGACGCAGGCACAGAGUAGACAGCAGCAGCAGCAGCAGCAGCAGCAGCAGCAGCAGCAGGAUGUCGCGGCAGCAGAUCCAAAACCAGCGCAGGUCCCAAGCAGGGCUGCAGGUGCCGCACACUCGCCGCGUGUAGAGCGGGAGCGGUCACGGGAGCGCGACCGGGGCGGCAACAGCUCCAGCCAGCACCCGCACUCGCCGCAGCCCAAAGCGGCAUCACCUCCGGCCACAGCACCGCCCCACCCGCACCCGCAUCUGUCCCCGCUGCAGCCGCGUGGGCACGCCGCCACUCCGCCGGCCGCCGCGGCGCACCCGCCGUCGCACAGGCCUGUGCCCGGGCCGCACCCGCCGCCAGGCAACCCUCCUGGCUGCUCGCCAACCCCGCCACUAGGGCCACGGCCGCCGGCCGAGCCGCACCCCCACAGCCACAACCACACCGCCGGUCCGGCGGCACCGCCGCACCAGCUGCCGCGCGUGCCGCCCCCACAGCCGCCUUCCGCGCCCUACCCGUAUGCCGGGCCUGCGCCGGCAGCGGUGCCGCUGCCGCACCCUCCACCGCCGCCGCCCGUACCACCAUCACAGCCGCCUCCCGAGCCGCCGCUGCCGCCACCGCCACAGCCCACUGCUGGCGGUGAGGCGGCCGGGGCCGAGUCCGCAGCGGGCGGGUCCAAUCGGCCAACGCCGGUGACAGGCGCUGCGGCAUCGCCGCCGGCGGCGGGCGGGGCGGACGUGGCUGAGCGAGGCCGGUCGGGUGAGGGCUCGGCGCCUCCCCAGGAUCCACGUGACCGGGACCGGGACCGAGACCGGGACGUAGGACGGGACCGGGAGCGUGAGCGAGAGCGCGAGCGGGACGGUGACGGGAGACGGGAGUGGCGUGAGCGGCGCGGCAGCAGGAGCCGCAGUCGCGACCGGGACCGGGACCGGGACUACCGUUCCAGGGACCGGGACUAUGACCGGGAGCGGGACCGCGGCGCCAGGGACCGCCGGGACCGCGACCCACGAGACCGCGACCGUGACCGGGACUACCGCUCCAGGGACUACGAACGGGACCGGGACCGGGAUCGCGAGCGCGAUCGGGACCGGGACCGCAGUCGGGACCGCGCACGCUCACGCUCCUACCACGAGGACCGGGACCGGGACCGCGGCAGAGACCGGGACAGGGACUACGAGCGGCGUGGAGGCCGCAGCCGCAGCCGUGACGCGCGGCGCCGCAGCCGCAGCACGAGCCGCAGCCGUAGCCGCGACCGCAGGGACCGUGAACGCGACGUGGCACGCGACCGGGACCGGGUCGACCGGGACAGGGAGCGGGACCGGCGGGACCGGCGGGACCGGGAGCGACGCGGCGGCUCUGCGGCGGCGCGCAGCCGCAGCCGCAGCCGCGGGCGCGGGCGCAGCGGCAGCCGUGAAGUGCGGCGCCGCAGCCACAGUGCGAGCAGAAGCCGGGACCGCAGGGAUGAUGAGCGGCCGCGGGAGCGGGAGCAAGUGGCAGCGGAUGAGGGCGCGGCUGCGGCGGCGCCACCGCCACCUGCGGCGGGCUCUCCUGACGCAGUGGCAGGUCCGGCUGACACAUGACAGGGUACUGGAUAGCUGCGCAGACAUGCAGACAGGCGCAGGCAUGUUGAUCCGAGCGUAGCCACAAAUGCGUGAAAGCCAGCUUACAAGACAGAUCAGAGGAGCAACUUGACCUAUUUACACGUACGAGGGUUGGGGCAAUUUCGAAGAUGCUAGCUGUAGGGAUCGUGACUGACCGGUUGACGCUAUGGCGGUGGGUGUGUGGGACAGCAAUUUCAGGUUCGGCAUAGCCAGGACAUUGACAGUCGUAGUGCAGCGCAGCUUGGUGGAGUGCUCGCCUGUACGGGACGCAAUCCCAUCACAUUGAACACAUUGAUGUUUCGUGUGGCGUCGAGGGACGCUGGCGGCAUUGUGGGUGGACCGAGAGCCAGUCAGACUCGGUAGGGUCCUGUAGGGCCGCAGACAAGGGUGUGCGAUGGGACAGUGGUAAGGCAGGUUGGUGAAGUCCCGUAGGGUGCAGCUGAUUCUCAGAAACCAGCAGAUGGCAAACAAGGGCCGCAGACAAGGGGCGAGUUGCAGGGGUGCAAGGGUGCACGUGCGGCGGCGCGCCCGUGCCUUUGUGGGCUGCACAUGUGUUGCUGCGUAAGCUCAGGAGCCGGCCUAUUAGGGUCCAACGGCCAGUAUAGGCCUGGUGUCCGUGGUGGGGCAGGCGGGCACACGGCGCAUGUGUGUAACACACCGGCGGUGUAACACACCAACAGCAG